AUGUCGUCCAUAUCGUCUCGUAGUUUGGGUGAGGCGUUGCGUCGCGCCUACCCUUCUUUUCCGCAGAUUCUGCUUCCCCGCAACUCUCUGGUGGUACGGGGAAAGACCGACAUCGCCGCCACGCAUGCCGUGCCCCAUGUGCACGGUGGUGCUGACAGCCAUGAACGAAGACUGAUGGCCAACCCGGUGUUUGUUCCACUUGUGCGCCGUCCGUGUUAUGCCUGCCCUGGCGAGGCCAAGGACGCGUUGCUGGAAUUUACACAGAGACAUGGAUACAAAUCACCGUUGUUUGUGCCGUGCUGCCUGCCAUUUGCACUCCAUGCGGAGAACGACAUUGAAGCAGUACCCUUUUCUGCUUCCGUCGAUGGGAACUCGCAAGGCGGCAAGAUAAAAACCGCGAGAAACAGCGUCACUGCUGUUGCGCCCACUCAGACACCGACUGCUAAUAUCCGAAUUUUUCGGUGUGAGUCACGCGUGAAUCUUACAGAUUGCUUGAGGACGCGUCGUCUGCAGGAAGAGCUACGACGCACCGAAAAUGAGUUUUGCCUUCUAUGCAAGCAAGCGCGCGUGUCCGCUUCUUUUGCUGGUUUUGAUACCAAUCCAGUUGGAGUUGCAUUCCAUCCCGAAGUGGAAACCCAACAAUCGCUACCGUCACAUCACUUGCAACUUCGGUGGCGGAAGCACGGAUGGUACUUUGAGGAUGCUACACUGGCAGCAGAGCAGUCAAAGUGUGUUCCAUUUCCGGUGGAGUCGGCGGGCUACUGGAGUGCGUGGGUAACGCCACACGUGGAUCCUUUUGGUAACCCUUCGGUGCUGCGUCUGCAAGACAUUCAUCAUUUCAUUCUGGAAACUCAAGUGGCUUUAAUUAACGCGGAGGCGGUAUGUCAUUAUCUUGCGAACGACAACAAAAUUUUCUUUUCAUUGCGAUCGUUGCCUGCUUCUGCCGACUACUGGGCAUCCACCGGUGAUCCCUUUUCCGCGACAGGCACUCCCGUGGCGACCCCACGCCUUAUGGACACUGGCGAGGAUGAUCGAACUUGUUUUCCGCCACGGAGCACAUGCUGGUUUGCGGUGGCCGAGCUACCCGAGCGUCGACUGCGCAUUCGCCGCGGUGGAGAGGUGGUUCAGCUCUCCGUGUCUUACGAUGGCUGUGGAUUUUUUCUCCACGAGGCGCCGCGAUGGUUCUUGAUGUCACGUGAAGCCGUAUUGCAAAGGUGCCCGCUCUCUUAUGCGACGCUGCGGGGCAUUUUCUCCUCGCCAGAAUUUGGCAGUAAAGACGAUGUGUUGGCUGCUUUAGAGGGAUCCGGUUUGCUUCGCGAUGAAGUUGUGUUUGUGCUGCAGGAGACAUCGACGUGGGACAUGUACCCGCGGCGCCGCGGUGUCCUGAACUUCCAACAAAGUUUUUCGAAUGAUGAAGAAUUGCCUCGCUGCGAUGACGACUCGUGCAUGAAUUCCUCGAAAGCGCUGAUUUUUAUCGACAUCAACGAGGCUGUGCGACUCAUGCGGGACUGGUCGCGGCAGCAGCAACAGCAGCGAAGCCCAGACGCCACAAACAAAAAACAGUCGAAGGAACGGGAACGUGUCAUAAAUUUUUUUGCUUCCGUUCCCUCUCCGCUCUCUGCGGCUGCCUUCAUCACAUCCUUCAUUCACCAUUGCGCCUGCACCGUGGAAUUUGCGCCGACGUCUCCACCUUUAGACCCCGCAUUGAAACACAGCGAUUCAAUGAAAGAAUUGGCUUCUGGUGAGACGGUAACAAUGACUCUGAAUGACCGCGACGAACUUGAGAGACACUCUCCAGUUCAUGAGCAGCCGCAAGCAACAACUCGCCGCAGGGAAAUCACAAGAGACCCGAACAGUGACACCGACGACUAUCAUAACGCCGAUGACGACUGUCCGAAAGUGGAUCGCCACGUAUACAAAGCAGGACACCGUCUGGAUGAGGCGUGCACAAAUCCCCAAGAAGUCCCACACUUGACGACUGCGCUCGCGAAACAAAUCAUUGCCGCGAGAGAAGAAAAUAAACGGCGGGAUUUUUUGUCUCUACCAACAAACGAGUCUUUUUUCACAGAAUCCAAAAACAGCGACGAAGAAAUGGCUGUUGUCUGGGAUCUUGGCAUAGUCUGGGCGUCAUUUGCGUACACCAUUCCGGCUGUAAAUGCGUUUGACACGGAGAUAAUUAGUCAGUGA